GAACGAAAGGUCACGAAUGACCGAGUGGCUGCGUGAAUGAGCCGAGUGGAACGGCGCCGAGCGCGGCUCUGAGGGGACGCGGCGCUGCCGUGAGCGGCGAGGAUUCGGGACGGGCAGGCGAUAGGAGGGAUGGAGGGGGCUUCGCUCGCGCCGUAGCUCCGUGCUGCGGCUCACCAUCCGCCAUGUAUGGCGCAAGGGUCGCGCAGGAGGAAAACGACGAGGAAAUGACGGAAAACGUUUCCGUCAAGGUCGGCGAGGAGGCGAUGGCCGCCGCUCAGAAUGUCACGGAGCAGCUUCAGAUUGAGCAAGGGGACCUCGCCGGGCAGGAGAGAGGCGCUGAAGAGAGCCCUCGGGACAAGCGAGCAGAGUCUCCCUCCGGGAAGAAGGACAAGGGCGGCGCAAAGGGGUUCUCUAGGUUCCUGCCGUCUUGGUUCAAACAGACAAGGUCGUCGUCCGCAGGCGGCAAACGAGGUGCAGACAAGUUACGCGGAGGGAGCGAGCUACAGCAGGCGGAGGUGAACGCGGACGGAAAAGAUGAAGGAGUUAAGUCAGCUGAGAAGGAGGUUGAAGGAGAACUGGAGAAGAAUGACGUGACGGAAGAGGCAACUCCGAAGAGGAUCGUUCCGCAGCUUCAGGAGAGUGCCAAGAGAGCGCCCGGAAAGCUGCAGGAGCAGCUGCAGGAGCAGAAGGAGAAGGCGGUGGCUACGCUCGCCAGGUUUGACUUGGCUGACGCAGUGGCGACCGACGACACGGAGCCCAGCGGAGGGGAGCAGCCGACGGCGGUGGUGGCAGGAGGAGGAGAUGCCGAGGAGGCCGCCAAGGAGGCCACAGCUGAGGAGGCCGCCAAGGAGGAGGCCGGUGACGCUGGCGCGGUGGAGGGGGUGGCGCCGCCGAGCUUGGAACUGGCUACGCUAAGCGGCGUCUCCAGGAGCCGCAGGGUGAAGGAGGUGGAAUGCUUGGUGCUGCUCCUCGACGGCACGCAGUUCGCAUGCAAAUUGCCGAGACAUGCGAAAGGACACGAGCUAUUCCACAGGGUGUGUGAGCAUCUCAACCUUCUGGAGAGGGACUAUUUUUCCCUCACCUACAAGGACGCCUCGGAUCAGAAGAAUUGGCUGGAUCCCAUUAAAGAAAUUAAGAAACAGCUGAUGCACUCUCCGUGGCUUGUUUCCUUCAAUGUGAAGUUUUAUCCACCGGACCCAUCACAUCUCCUUGAAGACAUUAGCAGGUACUACCUGUGCCUGCAGCUGCGCGAGGACGGGCUAGAGGCCGGCUGCCAUGCUUGCCCCGUGGUGCACGCCCUACUGGGCUCCUACGCCCUGCAGGCCGAGCUGGGGGACUACGACGCGGCGGAGCACGGUGCCGGCUACGCAGACCGCUUCCAGCUCGCCCCCAACCAGACGCACGAGCUACAGGACAGGAUGGCCGAGCUGCACGCCGCUCACAGGGGCCAAAGCCCAGCGGAGGCCGAGCUUCACUACCUGGAGAAUGCCAAGACGCUGGCCAUGUACGGGGUGGAACUGCACCACGCCAAGUGCCACCCGGACUCCGAGGGGGUGGACAUCAAGCUGGGCGUGUGUGCCAAUGGGCUGCUGGUCUACCGGGACCACUUGCGAAUUAAUCGCUUUGCCUGGCCCAAGAUACUCAAGAUAUCCUACCGCAGGAGCAACUUCUUCAUCAAGGUUCGGCCUGGCGAGUUUGAGAAGUGUGAGAGCAACGUGGGGUUCAAGCUGCCGAGUCACCGAGCUGCCAAGAGGCUGUGGAAGACCUGUGUGGAGCACCACACCUUUUUCAGGAUGGCCGUCCCUGAGCCGACGCGCCGUGCGCGCUUCAUGAGCCUCGGCUCGCGCUUCCGCUACAGCGGCCGCACCCAGGCGCAGACCCGGCAGGCGAGCGCUCGCAUCGGCCGCCCGGGGCCGCCGUUCGUCCGUGUGUCGAGCCGCCGGCAGAACACGGUGCGCAGCCUGGAUGGAGGCUGGAGGAAGGACGUCGUCGUCCUCUCAGAGGAGACGGCUGGAUCCUCCGCCGAGCAGGGGCCUGCCAUGGGCUGGGUGGUGGACGAGGAGGAGCGUAUGGAGUGGCGGGGAUGCGCCGUCGACGAGAGCGAGCAGCAGGGACUCCAGCUGAAGAGCACAAAGGAGCGGUUCCCAGGCUAUGAGGACAAGCGCGCCGAUGGUCUGCUCAAGCCGAAGACGCCCCCUAUCCCGUCACACCCACCCCCAUCUCCCUCCCAUUGCUCCCUGGCCAGCGUUGGGCACGAGGCUCAGUCCCCAGGGCGGGUGGCGGAGCCCCGUGGUGCGCGUGGCUCACCGUGUGGCUCACCACAGGGCUCACCGCGGGGCUCCCAUCCAGGCAGCUUGCAUGGCACAGACUCCGAGUCAGAAUGCGACGAGCCCUUCGUGGCUCGAUUCCCGUUCCUCGACUGUUUCCCUAUAUUUAUGUUCCACUUCCCUAAGCUGCUGGAUGAAGAUGGCUACCUUGCCUUCCCCUCUCUCCCCGAGGAGUACGCGGGCUUCGUGCCGCUCAGCCUGCGCCAGUACAUCCCAAUCCGGUCGCCUUCCCUGCUGCCCUCCUUCAUGCUCAUCUUUGUGCUGCUCUUCUCUGCUUCUCAUUCCGUCUCCUUCUCUCUUACCCUCUCCCUCCCCCUGGCUCUGUCCCUGUGCUACCUGGAGCCCAAGGCCGCGUUGUUGUUCAGUGGUCCUCAGGAGAGGGCGCGUAGCGUGAGAGCAGAGGACGAGGAGUCGGACAGCGAGCGCUCGGACAGCAGCAGCUCGAGCUCGGACUCGGUGGAUGACCAACUCGACACCGAGUCUGAGAAUGAGAAGGAGGUGGAGGAGGAUGAUCGCGAGCGCAAGAAAUAUCAAAUAAUGAGAGUAGAUGGUGACAACAUAUACGUGAGACAUAGCAAACUAAUGCUGGAGGGGACCGGUCGAACCAAGGAGGAGCUGACUCGGCACAAGAUGAGCAUCAGCGAGCUCAAGCGACACUUCAUGGAGUCGGUGCCGCCACCGCAGAUGCCCAGCGAGUGGGACAAGCGGCUGUCUUCGGGCUCUCCGGGAAGGGUUGUGUUCCACAAUGGACAGAGCCCGACUGUAAAGACUGCACAGACAACGGAGUCGUGGAGUCAGGGUGGCUCGCGGAUCCUGACAUCCAAGGGGGCAAGCUUAGGAGCAGCAGCUGACUCACCCUCACAGCAGCAGCUGGUCACCCGCACUGUCACUUACGAGACACCCAAGUUUUACGUUGCACAGAGCGAGGGUAUUGCUGAGGGGCAGGCGGGGACACUGAUGAGUGCCCAGACCAUCACCUCGGAGUCCGUGUGUACAUCCACUACGACGCACAUCACCAAGAUUGUGAAAGAUGGCAUUUCGGAAACAAGAAUUGAAAAAAGAAUUGUGAUUGCAGGAGAUGAAACAAUGGACCACGAUCAGGCCCUAGUUGAGGCCAUCAAGGAAGCAAAGAAGCAGCACCCAGGAAUGUCAGUCACCAGAGUGGUCGUUCAUAAGGAGAGCGAAGUAGUGGAGGAUGACCGGGAUAACGCAGUGCCCGAGUGAGUGAUGGAGGGAAUGGAUCAUGACGACAGCACCCCGGCGAUCGCGUCGCGGCUGUUGGGAGCCGUCCCGCGGGUUGGAAACUCCGGGCUUCAUACUCGACGCUUUGCACGGGAGGAUGAGUAGUUAUAGUGUGGCGGGGUGGGGGGGGUAACUUGUAAUUUUCAGUUUAAAAAACACUUUAUAAAAUUAAAAUCUAAAAAAAAUGUUUAUAAUGAAGUAGAUGAGUGCAUUUUAGAAUAUAAAUAAAUCCGUAUCUUACACGUUUUUUUUUUAUAUAACACUUUGAUUUACAUAUUGUAUGCAAUUUUUUGUGGUUCACGCUACGUCAACAUAUGCCAAGGCUUGUUAAAAACUUUUGCUUCCAAUAAAAUAUGCAGUAUAUCUAUUGA